GGUGACUAAGAACUGCUGCAGGCAGGCAAACCUCAGAGCAGUUUUUAAGAGGCUGGAAGGAGACAUAAGAGAUUUCUUCUGCUGCAUUCCAAGCCCUUGGUCUACCUUGGAGACAGGACAGCACAGAGUUGUUCUUCAGGAAGGGACUUCUGGGUCAUGGGGCCCAAGACACCCCCACAGCUCCCUGGGAAAUGGCAAGUGCUGUGCAUGUUGUCCUUGUGCUGCUGGGGCUGGGUGUCUGGGCAGCUUCGUUACUCAGUGGUGGAAGAGUCUGAGCCGGGGACGCUGGUAGGGAAUGUUGCUCAAGAUCUGGGCUUAAAGGUGACAGAUCUGUUGAGCCGCCGACUGCGGCUGGGCUCUGAGGAGAAUGGACGCUAUUUUUCCCUGAGCUUGAUGAGUGGUGCUCUAGCAGUGAAUCAAAAGAUUGACCGAGAGAACCUGUGUGGAGCCAGCACCAGCUGCCUGUUGCCAGUGCAGGUGGUGACUGAACACCCGCUGGAGCUCAUCCGUGUAGAGGUAGAGAUCCUGGAUCUCAAUGACAACUCUCCAAGCUUUGCCACUUCUGAGCGAGAGAUGCGUAUCUCAGAAUCAGCUGCACCUGGAGCACGAUUCCCACUGGAUAGUGCCCAAGAUCCGGAUGUAGGCACCAAUACUGUGAGCUUUUACACUCUAAGCCCCAGCAGCCACUUUUCUCUGAAUGUGAAGACCCUAAAAGAUGGGAAGCUCUUCCCAGAGCUGGUGCUAGAGCAGCAACUAGAUCGUGAAACUCAGGCAAGACAUCAGCUGGUGCUCACUGCUGUGGAUGGGGGUACCCCAGCUCACUCAGGGACCAGCCUCAUCUCCAUCAUUGUGCUGGACAUCAAUGAUAAUGCUCCAACCUUCCAGUCCUCAGUUCUACGUGUGGGACUUCCAGAGAAUGCACCCAAGGGGACCCUGCUGCUCCGCCUCAAUGCUACUGAUCCAGAUGAGGGCACCAAUGGCCAACUAGACUAUUCUUUUGGAGAUCAUACUUCUGAGGCAGUGCGGAAUCUCUUUGGCCUGGACCCUAGUAGUGGAGCAAUCCAUGUAUUGGGUUCAGUAGACUUUGAGGAGUCAAGUUUCUAUGAAAUUCAUGCAAGAGCCCGUGACCAGGGACAGCCAGCCAUGGAGGGUCACUGUGUCAUUCAAGUAGAUGUGGGGGACACCAAUGACAAUGCCCCUGAGGUUCUGUUGGCCUCUUUGGUCAACCCUGUCCCAGAGAGCACACCAGUGGGCACAGUAGUGGGGUUGUUUAAUGUGCGGGACCGAGACUCAGGAAGAAAUGGUGAAGUAAGUCUGGAUAUCUCUCCAGACCUCCCAUUUCAGAUCAAGCCUUCUGAGAACCACUACUCAUUGCUAACCAGCCAGCCCUUGGACCGGGAGGCCACAUCACACUAUACCAUUGAGCUACUGGCUAGCGAUGCUGGCUCACCUCCUCUGCACACACGUCUCACCAUCAGGAUCAACAUUUCAGAUGUUAAUGACAACGCACCCCAGUUCAACCAGCAGCUCUAUACUGCUUACAUCCCAGAAAAUAAGCCUCCCGGCUCCCUUCUCUGCACUGUGGCUGCCUCAGAUCCAGACACUGGAGAUAAUGCCCGUCUCACCUACUCCAUUGUAGGGAGUCAGAUUCAGGGAGCCCCAUCCUCCUCCUUUGUGUAUGUCAACCCUGAUGAUGGACGAGUCUUUGCCCAGCGAACUUUUGACUAUGAAUUGCUGCAGAUGCUGCAGAUUGUGGUGGGGGUUCGAGACUCUGGCUCUCCCCCACUGCAUGCCAACACAUCUCUACAUGUGUUUGUCCUUGACCAGAAUGAUAAUGCCCCAGCUGUGCUGCACCCAAAGCCAGGCAGGGAAUUCUCAGCCCCCCAGCGUCUCCCUCGCUCUGCUCCUCCUGGCUCCUUGGUCACCAAGGUGACAGCUGUGGAUGCUGAUGCAGGCCACAAUGCAUGGCUUUCUUAUUCCCUGUUGCCACAGUCCACAGCCCCAGGAUUGUUCCUGGUGUCUGCACAUACUGGUGAGGUGCGCACAGCUAGGUCCUUACUAGAGGAUGACCCUGAUACUCAACAGGUGGUGGUCCUCGUGAGGGACAAUGGUGACCCUUCACUUUCCUCUACAGCCACAGUGCUACUGGUUCUGGAGGAUGAAGACCCUGAGGAAAUGCCCAAAUCCAGUGAUUUCCUCACACACCCUCCUGAACGUUCAGACCUUACUCUUUACCUCAUUGUAGCUCUAGCAACCAUCAGUCUCUUAUCCUUAGUAACCUUCACCUUUAUGUCAGUUAAGUGCCUUCGGGGACAGGCAAAUGGGGAUGGUGGUGGGGGUGGGUGCUGCAGGCAUCAGGACUCACCCUCCCGGGAAUUUUAUAAGCAGUCUAGUCCCAACCUGCAGGUAAGCUCAGAUGGCACACUUAAGUACAUGGAGGUGACACUGCGGCCCACAGACUCACAGAGCCAUUGCUACAGGACGUGCUUUUCACCAGCCUCUGAUGGCAGUGACUUCACUUUCCUCAGGCCGCUCAGCGUUCAGCAACCCUCAGCUCUGGCGCUGGAGCCUGAUGCCUUUCGUUCCCACUCUAAUACGAUGCGGGAGAGGAGCCAGCAAGCCCCACCCAACACGGACUGGCGUUUCUCUCAGGCCCAGAGACCCGGCACCAGCGGCUCCCAAAAUGGUGAUGAAACUGGCACCUGGCCCAACAACCAAUUUGACACAGAGAUGCUGCAAGCCAUGAUCUUGGCCUCCGCCAGCGAAGCUGCUGAUGGGAGCUCCACCCUGGGAGGAGGCGCUGGCACCAUGGGCUUGAGUGCCCGCUAUGGACCCCAGUUCACCCUGCAGCAUGUGCCCGACUACCGCCAGAACGUCUACAUCCCUGGCAGCAAUGCCACACUCACCAAUGCACCUGGCAAGAGGGAUGGCAAGACCCCAGCAGGUGGCAAUGGAAACAAGAAGAAGUCGGGCAAGAAGGAGAAGAAGUAACGUGGAGGCCAGGCCUAGAGCCUUAUAGGACAGCCUCCUUCCCCAACCAACCCAGCUUCUCCUUACCUGUACCCAGAUCUCAGAAUUUCAGGGCUCACCCCCAGGAUACUGGUAGGGGCUAAGGCCAUGCUCCCCUUGGGAAACAGAAACAAGUGCCCAGUAAAUACCCCCUCUCUCUGCCCCCAAGGGGUUGAAUAUGCAAAGGGAGUUCUGCUGGGAACCCCCAUCCAAUCAAUUUGCUGUACCCAUGGGGGUAAUGGGGUUAGUGUAGACACCAAGAACCAUUGUCACACACCCUUUCUUACAGCUGGACUCCUCCAUCUUCCAAAUCAGUCAGGCCCAUCCAUCCCCUGCUUCCCUCCACCCUACCUCAUCCUGCUCCUACAAAGUUCCUCUCUUGAGUAAGGUGGUUGGGGUAUUGAGGUACCACAUGAUCUAAGAAGGGUCAUAGUUCUGUAGAGUUGGGAAGGCAUCAUGACCUCUUGGUCUCUCCUUCAGUUCUCAAUCUUCCCCCAAAGCAUGGUAUUGUGAGAGUCCUUUCACCUCUCUAGAUCCUAAGACCAAUGUUCAAGUUUUGGGGGUCACCAUACUGUCAGCAUCCCUGUGGUACUGAUGAUGCUUGCCAGAUUUAGGGAAGGCAUUUUGCUACCAAGCCUCUUCCCGAGGCCCUGGGGACCAGUCUUUUGUUUUGUUUUUCAUUGUUUGAUGUUCCCACUGCAUGCUGUGAUUUUUCCCCACCCCUCCUCAAACAAGAGACUCCAUUGCAUGUUCUGAGACAGUAGGGGGUGGUAAGCUAAAGAAGGGAAGUUUGUGUAUAUGGAUGGGGAGAGGAUGGACAAAGCUUAGUCCAUCAGUUUACAGGGUCUUAAAGGAGGCUCUGUAUGUCCCCAGAGUACUGGCCAGAUCUCCAAAUUCCAGCCAUAAACCAAGCACCAGGUUGGACCCUUAGGCCCCCGCAUAUAGGGUUCAGCCCGGGGCAGGCGGCUUUGGGCUGAGCUAUCAGGACCAAUGAAUUUAAAUGGGCAUUUCAGUUUAAGGAAGCUCUGAUUGGGUUUAGGAGUAGGUCCCCUGGAGAGGUCGGAGGGGCCUCUGUGGGUGCUGGGUACUCCAGAGGAGCCACUGUGGAACCCUGAUAGGAAGGGAAGCCCAGCAAGGCCAUUCUUAGUUCCUGGGUUGGGAGGCUAAGAACUACAGAGAAACCAAGUAGAUAGGCGGGGCUUUUCUACAGGGUCCCUGUACUACUCAAAACGUAGGUCCUUCAUCUUGCCAGGUGCCAUUUCUUCUCUGUGAAGGCCACUGUCCAGGCCCUCAGCCCACCCCUUAGUGGCCAGAGCCUGGUUAAAGUCCCCCAGUGCCUCCUUGAGCAAAGACCUUCCUCUGCCCACCCACUUCUGCCCCGCGGUCCGGUUCAUCCAGCCCGGCUGCAAGAGAACCCCACCCCAGCCCUUAAAAGUAGUGUAGAGCCCCCUCCCUCGGCUGGUGUAGAAUAGCCAAUAGUGUAUGUAGUGCGGUGUGCUUUUACGUGAUGGCGAGUGGGCAGCGGGCGGUGGGCUGCGCGCAGCCGUCUGUCCUUGAAUCUGCCUGCGGCGGCCCGUGCUGUGUUUUGUGCUGUGUCCACGCGCUGCGGCGACCCCCUCCCCCGUACUGACUCCUUCUAUAAGCGCUUCUCUUUCGCAUAGUCACGUAGCUCCUACCCACCCUCUUCCUGUAUCUCACGCAAGUUUUAUACUCUAAUAUUUAUAUGGCUUUUUUUCUUCGAAAAAAUAAUAAAAAGGUUUCUUCUGAAA